CUCCAAUGGAAUUUAAAAUUGACACAGGAGCUGAUGUCAGCGUCUUAUGUGAGGAUGCAUUUCACACACUCACUCCACCAAAAACACUGAAACCAGCUGACAUCCCAUUAGACAGCCCAGGAGGUGAACUGUUGUGUCUGGGACGCUUUAAUGCUACAGUUAGUUACAAGGGAAAUAACUACCUAUUUGAAGCAUAUGUAGUCCGUGGCCAGAGUGUCAAAAACCUACUCAGCCGGGAUUUGUCAGUGGAGAUUAACCUGGUGAGGCGUGUUGAUGAAGUGAAAUUCACUACCAGUGAACACCUUCAAGCCUAUGGUGAGCACGGCACACUAAAAACUGAACCUGUUAAAAUCCAAUUAAAAGAUGGGGCUCAACCAUAUGCAGUACAUACAGCACGUCGUGUGCCCUUCCCAAUGUUACAGAUGGUAAAAGAGGAACUGCAGAGGAUGGAGAAGAACGGUGUCAUCGAGAAGGUAACACAGCCAACUGAAUGGUGUGCUCCUAUGGUGCCCGUUCUAAAGAAAACCACAGGCAAAGCCAGGAUCUGUGUGGACCUGAAAAGACUAAAUGAGUCAGUAAAAAGAGAGCGCUACAUCUUACCUACCUCUGAUGAAAUAACUGCAAAGCUAAGUGGUGCAACUGUGUUUUCCUCUCUCGACGCUGCAAGUGGGUUCUGGCAAAUCCCACUGCACCCAGUCAGCUGUAAAUUAACAACCUUUAUAACACCGUUUGGCAGGUACUGUUUCAAAAGGUUACCUUUCGGGAUUUCCAGUGCGCCUGAGAUCUUCCAGCGGAAAAUGCUAGAGACUCUGCAGGGGCUGGAAGGCGUUGAAGUCUUCAUGGACGAUAUCCUGGUCUAUGGGACAUCGACAGAACAGCACGACGCCAGACUCGAGAAGGUACUACAGCGUGUUGAGUCAGCAGGCUUAAAACUCAAUAAAGAUAAAUGCUCCCUCAGACAAAGCCAGCUACGCUUUCUGGGACAUCUCAUCGACCAGUCAGGAGUCAGGCCCGACCCUGAUAAAGUUGAAGCCAUACAUCAGCUGGCUCCACCAGGAAACGUCCAUGAGCUGAAAAGAGUCCUGGGCAUGGUGAACUACCUGGGUAGGUACGUUCCAAACCUUUCCACAAUAGGUCAACCACUGUACGAGCUUCUGAAGAGCAGGAAAAUCUGGACCUGGGGUCACUCACAGCAGUCAGCUUUUGAGAACAUUAAGAUAUUGCUGACCACAGCACCGGUUCUUGUCUUCUAUGAUGUGGCUAAAGCCACAGCGGUGUCUGCUGAUGCCAGUAGCUAUGGCCUGGGGGGGGUCCUCCUCCAGCUCCAUGAAGAGGAGUGGAAGCCAGUAGCCUACUGUUCGAGGUGUCUCACAGAAGCGGAGACACGCUACGCCCAGAUAGAAAAGGAGUGCUUGGCUAGCGUAUGGGCCUGUGAAAAGUUUGACAAGUAUCUAUGUGGCUUGGAUCAGUUCAGGCUGGAGACCGACCACAAACCAUUAGUGCCACUGAUCAACAAACAAAGCCUAGAUAACGUCCCCUUGAGAUGUCAGCGUCUACUAAUGAGGCUCAUGAGGUACAAACCUUUAGCAGAGCAUGUGCCUGGGAAGACCCUUGUUGUCGCCGACACACUGUCCCGAAGCCCACAGACACAUACAAAGGAAGAGACUGACACUCAAGAAGAUGUGGCAUGCUAUGUAGCCACAGUGAUACAGGGCAUCCCAGCAUCUCCAACGAGAAUGGAGAAUAUCAGAAAAGAGACAGCAGCCGACAGUGAGCUUCAGGCUGUCAUCAAGCUGAUUAGGGCAGGAUGGCCUGAAUGCAGUAGUAAUGUUCCACUGAACAUCAGGGACUACACCAAAGUGAAAAAUGAGCUAUCGGAAGCUGAUGGCUUAGUCAUACGAGGAAACAGGAUUGUGGUUCCGGGGUCACUGAGAGCAGACAUUUUGCAGAAAAUACAUGAGGGACACCAGGGGCUCUCAAAAUGCAGAGAAAGGGCGAAUGCAUCAGUUUGGUGGCCGGGGCUCUCUGUAGACAUUAAGAACAUUGUCAACAUAUGCAGGAGCUGCCAGGAGCAGAAGCGGGCUCAACAAAAGGAGCCGCUUAUUUCCACACCGCUGCCUGAUCGUCCGUGGAAAAGAAUCGCUCUCGACCUCUGUGAACAUAACAAGCACAACUACCUUGUUAUUUCAGACUACUAUUCACGGUACCUGGAGAUACUACAACUACCAUCUACGACAAGUGCCCUUGUCAUCCAGAGACUUAAAACGACCUUUGCUAGGUUUGGAAUUCCUGAAGAGGUUGUGAGUAACAAUGGUCCCCAAUUCUCCAGUGCAGAAUUCCGGGAGCUGGCACAGCGGUUGGACUUCAGACACAUCACGUCUAGUCCUCACCAUCCUCAAGGAAACGGUCAUGCAGAAAGAGCAGUACAGACCGCUAAGAGAAUCCUUCGUCAGGAAGAUCCACUGAUAGCCCUUAUGUGCUAUAGAUCGACUCCCUGUACUACCACAGGAGUCAGUCCAGCAGAACUGCUAAUGGGGAGAAAGAUCAGAACGACGCUCCCGACACUCGAGAAAAAUCUACGGCCUAAAUGGCCUAACAGACAGAUUGUCAAACUAAAAGACACGAGUGAGAAAGCAAAACAAGCUUUUUAUUACAACCGACGACACGGUGCCAGGCAUCUACCAGCUCUACAGCCAGGAGACACAGUCUACACCAAGCUCGACAACGAGAAGUCCUGGAAGACACCUGCGAUCGUCUCAAAAGAGUGUGUUACUCCGAGGUCUUACCUCAUUAAGACACAAGGAGGUGCAGUGCUGCGGCGGAACCGACUUCAUCUCCGGGCAGAACCAACUUCCCGACCUGCACAGCACAUCCCACUAACACCAGCAGAGAGUGCUGUGGCGAUUUCCCAGCCUGUAAGCGCCAACACACCAGAGACUGUUACCCUGAAACCAAGUGAGGUGACAACCCAUACACCAACACCAGGACGUGUUCAGACCAGGUCUGGCCGUGUCAGUAAGCCGGCCACUAGGUUGGACUUGUAG